AUGGCCAUUGGGGAGGAGCUGCGCAGCGGCUGCUUCUGGCGGGGGGUGCUGGUGGAGCUGGCGGCGACCCUCAUCUUCGUGGGGGUGGUCCUGGGGGCUUCAGCAGCCCCGGGGCCACUGUCGCCGGCGCUGGCUGGGGGGUUCGUGGCCGGGGGGCUCGUCUGCACCCUCGGGGGGCCCCAGGCCAACCCCGCACUGACACUGGCCCUGCUGUGUACCCGCAAGCUGAGCACCCUGCGUGGGGCCGCGGGGGUCCUGGCCCAGUGCACGGGGGCCACUCUGGCCUCUGCUGCUGCCCGUGCAGCACUGCCAGACGACACCAGCCUCGUCACCAGGGUGAGCACGGUGGGGACAGCAGGGACAGCGCUGGCCUGGGAGACCUUUGCGACCUUCCAGCUGGCGCUGGCUGCCUUCGCCGCUGCUGAGCACACAGCCCCACAGGCUGGGCUGACCCUGGGCAGCGCCGUGGCCGCUGGUGCCCUGGCUGCAGGGCCAUUCUCAGGGGGCAGCAUGAACCCCGCGCGUUCACUGGGGCCGGCCAUCGUCACCGGUGUCUGGGAUGAUCACUGGGUGUACUGGCUGGGGCCGGUGCUGGGUGCGGUGCUGGCCGGCCUCUCCUACGAGUUCAUCCUGGCGCCCGGAGCCUCCCGGGAGAAGCUGGGUGCCUGCCUUGCCUGCCGGGACGUGGCUCUGGUGGAGACCCCCAGCCUGUCCCCCUCCUCGGUGGCCCGCAGCCCCCCAGCUUCCCCAGCCGAGCAGCAGGAGCAGGGCACUGCCUGA